UCACUGUCCGUCCCUCUCGUCGGCCCUCCUCCUUACCCUUGCUUUCUUCUUCUGCACCGCUAUUUCUACCUAAAACUCAAUUCCAAUUCCAAUUUCAAUUCCGUUUCCUUUUCCAAAUUCUUACAUAAUGGGUAAAGUGCCGCCCGCGCCGCCCCGCCCCCCCAAUUUCACUCUCUCUACCUAAAAACCCUAGGGCAGAUAUUUGCAUAACCCUAAAUCCCUAAUCCCUCUCUUUCCUCAGUCACGACCUAAUCUGAUUCAAGCAAAAGCAUCGGCGACGACGACUAUCCAGAUCUCUGGACCAAAGAAGGCCGAAAAAGUAAGAUUCGGGAGCACACUCGCCAAGAACUACAAUGGCCGAAGUAGAGCUGUCCAUGGAGUCUGUGAAGCAGUACAAGGUGAAGUGUCCCGAUGAACUUUCAAAGAUAAAGGUAAUUAGAGACAGAAUUUUUGAUUUGGGAAACAAGGUGGGGCAGACAAUUAUUUUUGUUCGCUCAUGAAAUAGUGCAAGCAUGUUGCAUCAAGCACUUGUGGAACAUGGCUAUGAGGUGACUACUAUUCAUGGUGCUCUUAAUCAAGAUGACAGGGACGACUCAAGUUCUUAUUUCAACUGACCUCGGUUUUGAUCAAGCAGAGGUUAAUCUGGUUGUCAAUUAUGAUCUUCCUGUGAAGUACGAAACUCCAUCGGAGCCUGACUAUGAGGUAUACUUGCAUCGGAUUGGCAUGGCAGGACGUUUCGGCCGCAAUGGAGCCGUAUUCAACUUGUUGUGCUUUGAUGGAGAUAUUAUGCUAAUGGAGAAGAUAGAGAAGCACUUUAACACCCAAGUGGACGAGGUCCCGUCCUGGAACAGCGAGGAGAAUUUUGAGGCUGCUUUAAAAAAUGCUGGUCUCAUGGAAGAUUAUUCUUCCAACCACAUGUAGUUAUUCGGUUAUCUGGUACUGUUGGAUAUAGAUAUCAGCCCCCAAAUCAGUCAGUUUUUGGAUGUUGGUUUUGGGUUUUAAACAGAAUCAGUUUUUGAAGUCGAUGUAAUACAAGUGGUUUAUUUGUUGACUACAUAUAAUCUAGUCUCUUCUAUGUUUGGUUGGAAUGCAAGCCCAUUGUAGAAUUGAUAGAA